CAUGGACCGCUGUAAAAUCGUCCGACACAAUACAGAGAAGCUUCCCAAUGAUCUCAUCAUCGAAGUACUCUCAAGAUUACCUGCCAAGUCAGUCGCAAUUUUUCGAUGUGUGUCGAAGCAAUGGGACUCAUUACUUGCCAGCCAAGUUUUCAAGGAAUCUUUCCUGACAAAUUCAUUGUCUCGGCCGGGUCUUUUGUUCAACUUCAGAUUUGGAAGUAAGUGGCACUUCUUCUCAUCCCCUCAGCCUCAAAAAUUUGGUGAAAACUUCAGUAUUGUAGCCAAAGAACAUCAUAUGGGUUCUUAUAAAAAUUGUUACAUAGAAAGUUGUCAAUCUGUUCAUGGAUUUAUCUAUUUGAGGUAUCGGUCAAAGGAAAUAGAUGAGACGACUCAAGUUAUAUACAACCCUUGCACGAGACAGCACAUUACUUUGCCUAAACUAGAAACGAGAUAUUAUGAUAUGCGAAGCUUUUUCGUGUAUGAUCCAAUCCAAAAACAAUUCAAGGUUUUGUGUACGUACAUGGUUCGUAAACAACCAACAAAUUUUGACAAUAUGCUCUAUGAUAUGAAGUAUCAAGUUCUUACAUUAGGGAGUGGAGAGCUGUUGUGGAGAGAGAUUGAAUGUUCGUUUCCGCAACGUCCUGGAGGUAAGAGCGGGAGGGAUAACGGGAUAUGCAUCAACGGGGUUUUAUAUUACAAGACACCUUAUGCAAAUGGUAAUAUUCCUAUGCAAAUAAUUUGCUUUGAUGUAAGUUCUGAGAAAUUUAGUUUCAUAAAAAUAGAAAAAGACCUCUUUGUUCGGAAUCUCGUAAACUAUAAGGGAAAGUUAGGUGUCGUAGUGUGUUUUACUAAGUGUAAUGGGAAAAUUCGCGGUGAGGUAUGGGUUUUAGAUGACACCAUUGAAGCUAAAUGGUCGAAGCACAAGUUUGUUUUGCCAGAUCAUGCAAUGGAAUCAAUGUUGGCAACUGAUAGAGGUGAAAUUGUUUGGGUGUCAAGUCCUUCGACCUAUCCAUCAUAUGUUUUCUACUACACUAUGGAGAGUAAAAGGGUUAGAAGAUUUGAACUCAUAGGAAUGGAAGAUAAGGUAACGGGAAAAGAUCGUUAUGAGUUUCACACCUCCACGAAUCAUGUUGAGAAUUUGAUGUUUCUCUACAAGAAACCCGGUCUAAUUCAUGGCACGAUCGCGAAUCCGGCUAUCAAGAGUGUGAGCAAGAACAAGUCAGACCUCCUAAUCAAGCAUGGAUCAUCAGCAUCUAAUAACAUUAAGAUCAUACAAGAGCUCAGGGAAAAGGAUACUAGAAUCAAAGUAUUGGAGAAGACAUGCAAGACAAUCUUGGCACAAAACGCGGAGAUCAAGCGGCAGGGCGAAGAGAACGCCCGACAAAACGCGGAGAACAUGAAGUUCAUUGACAUGAUGCGGAGGCGAUUCGGGGACUUUUAAUCGAAAAACCAUUGGAAAAACAUGUUAUUGACGAAUUCCGACAACGUUAUCUGUCCCAAAUUUGUUGAAAUAGUGUCAGCUGGCUAUAUAUCGAUCAACUUUACAUCAAAAAAGAAUUGUAAACUGGCCGGGAGACGAGUGUUUUCUUACGACAUUGCUCGUUUGUUUUAUGCAUGAUUUCUAAAUUCUCAUUGACAUUUAUCUUCUUUUUACAUUUUUAUUUUAUUUUGUUA